AUGGAUAGUGGCAAACGAGCAUCACCUGAUGGAGAGUAUGGGUAUGAAGGAGUACAUGAUGGUUUGGAGCAUUUGAAGAACUUUGUGAAUGAGUGGACGGUGGAAGUCGAAGGCGGUGAGGAGGUGGCUCAACUGGUUGCUCUGGAACUUGGAUAUGCUUUUGGUGGAAAGGUUGUUGGAAUCCCGAAAACAUACAUCUUUUUGAAAUACGAUCACGAGAAACAACGGCGCACCCCUAGCGACCACACAUCGACACUUGUGAAGGAUAGAAGGGUUCGUUGGGCGCAGCAAUUAUUUACCAAGUCAAGGGUGAAACGUUAUCCCAUGCCGGACCCUGACCAAUCUCUACAAAGAGUGAAGAGAAUAAAUGAUAACGACCAGGAUAACAUGGAAAAAAGGAGCCUUCACUAUAAAAUGCCUGUGUUCAAUGAUGAAUUGUGGAGUCAAGAGUGGUAUCUGCAAGACACACGCACGAUGAACAAUCUGCCACGCCUCGAUUUGAAUGUGUUGCCGGUCUAUAUGAUGGGAUACAACGGCACCGGUGUGCGCGUGUCUGUGCUUGAUGACGGCAUCGAGUACAAUCACACGGAUUUGCGAGCGAACUACGAUCCAGAGAUUAGUUGGGACAGCAACGAUGGCGACUCGGAUCCUGCACCUAGGUAUGAAGACAUCAAAAGAAAUUCACAUGGCACGAGAUGCGCUGGCGAAAUAGCAAUGACCGCUAAUAACUUGAAGUGCGGAGUGGGCGUGGCAUGGGGAGCCAGAGUGGGCGGAGUCCGUAUGCUUGAUGGACGAAUUACAGACCGGAUUGAGGGUGAAGCGAUAGGCUACGCUUUCGAUAAGGUGGAUAUUUACAGCGCGUCAUGGGGUCCUAAUGACGAUGGUGCCACAGUCGAGGGACCGGGGCGCCUCGCCCUCGAGGCGUUUAAACGUGGGGUGUUACAGGGUCGCGGCGGAAAGGGAGCCAUUUAUGUUUGGGCUAAUGGAAACGGCGGAGGUCAUGGGGAUAACUGUAAUUGUGAUGGAUAUUCCUCUAGCAUCUACACCAUAUCAAUAGGAAGUGCUUCCCAACAUGGUAUGUUUCCUUGGUAUGGAGAGAUGUGCUCGUCAACCCUCGCUGCAGCCUACUCCUCUGGUGCCUAUAAAGACCAGAAAAUAGCCACUACAGACACAAGAGAUUCCUGCACUCUCGCACACACCGGCACGUCAGCCGCCGCCCCAUUGGCCGCUGGUAUCAUCGCUCUCACUCUAAAUGCCAAUCCAAAACUAACAUGGCGCGACGUACAACAUUUAAUUGUUUGGACAUCGGAGUAUGCUCCACUCACAGCUAAUCCUGGAUGGCAGAUAAAUGGUGCUGGACUUUAUUUUGAUGUGCGGUUCGGUUUUGGGCUUUUAAAUGCUGGGUCCCUUGUGACAAUGGCACUGAACUGGACCAAUGUGCCCCAGAAACACGUUUGUCGUAUCGACGCAACACUAUUAGAAUCAACUUCAUCACGUCUGUCGUCAAGAACACAAGCAGAUGUUUUCAUAUCAGUUGAAGAUUGCGAAGUAAACUACAUUGAGCAUGUCGAAUUAAUUGUCAACAUUCGCUACAGUCGACGUGGAGCGCUAGAAAUCUACUUGGUUUCGCCUCAAGGCACCAAAGUUCAGCUUCUAAGCACUCGAUCAAAAGAUGCGUCCAAAUCCGGUUUCGUGAACUGGCCGCUUAUGUCAGUAUCAACAUGGGGUGAAGAUCCAAAAGGCGUUUGGAAGGUUAUUAUUGCAGAUAAGACACAUGAACAAAAUACAGGGGAAGUCGGUGCGUUGAGCUUAAUCAUACAUGGUACAAAUGAAAUGCCAGCUCACAUGAAAAAUGGCCCAAGGUCAUACAAUCCCAAUUACAGUUACCAGAUGUUUAAAUAUUUCGACAAUGUAGACAAGAGCGACGGUGACGUCGCCGCGGAUACCGUUACAGACGAUGAAGCUGUAGCUGUUGUACCAGGGGAUCAUAGGAAUGAAGAUGACGAUUACAUGAAUAAUGUAGAUUCCAGUUUGUUAGCAGAAGUGGAAAAGGAAUUGCAGAGAAUUCAUCAUAGGAAAGCAUUUAAUGUGGCAUAA